AUGGCUGCCCUUGACCCUGUCAAUCAAAGCUUCAUCGACGCCAGCUCCGGCGCUCCUCCCCUCUAUACAAAGUCCUACCAGGAGGCCCGUCAAGUUCUUGAAACCAUCCAGAAACACCAGCCUGCCUCUGAUAUUGACCAUAUCGAGAAGAAAGUGCCCUUUGGAACCGGGAACGUGACCACUAUCAUCUUCCGGCCCAAAGCGGCCAGAGGCCCCUUGCCAGUGAUUUUCUACACUCAUGGCGGCGGAUGGGUCCUGGGAAGUCCCAAUGCUCAUGGCUCCCUUAUGGAGGAUCUCGCCCGUCAAACCAAUGCGGCAGUAGUCUUCCCGUAUUACACUCCCGCCCCGGAGAAGCAGUAUCCUACACAGUUCGAGGAAUCCUACGCAGUGUCAAGUGGGCCUGUUGGCGGCCACAUGGCCAUCGCCAUGGUCCAACUCGUCCAUCAACGCCAAUUGCCCAUCCACAUCUCCCAUCUUGUCCUCUUCUACCCAGUUACCGACACUCACAAGAAGACUGAAACCUACAAGACCUUCCAGAACGGGCCCUACCUCACCGAAAAGACCAUGGACUGGAUGAUCGAUGCCUUCUUGCCCGACCCCGAGGACCGCAAGAACGCCCUCACUUCGCCUUUGAGCUUCGCUAAAGACGAGGAUCUGGCCAAGUUUCCGCCCACGACUCUCUUCGUGUCUGGUGCUGAUCCGCUGAUCGGCGAGGGUGAGGCCUUUGGGCUGCGCUUGCAAAAGGCUGGUGUCGAGACGACUGUGCUGAAGGCCGAUGGGCAGAUUCAUGACUAUGUGAUGUUGGAGCCCGUGAGGAAGUCGGCGACGGCCAAGGCUGUGGUAGAGCUGGCGGCUACAAAGAUCAAGAAUGCGAUUGCGAAGUAG